AUGUAAGCAUCUCUGUGUCAUCUUUACAAAGCAAAGAGAAUAUUUCCUUACUGGGAAAUAGGAGGCUUUAUUUUGACACUCAUGCCUUGGUAUGCCUCUUGGAAGAAAAAGGGUUCACUACUCAGCAGUCGGAGGUCAUUGUAUCUGCAUUAGUGAAAAUCAUGAACAGCAACCUGGAUAUGAUUUACAAGGACAUGGUCACCAAAGUACAGCAGGAAAUUGCACUUCAGCAAGUUAUGUCCCAUAUUGCUGGUGUGAAAAAGGACAUGAUUAUUUUGGAAAAAAGUGAAUUUUCAGCACUUCGUGCAGAAAAUGAGAAAAUAAAACUUGAGCUCCAACAGAUAAAGAAGCAAGUCACGGAUGAAAUUAACAAAGUUCAUGCAGAUAACAAGUUAAACCUAAACCUGGAGAAGAGCAGAGUAAAAGAACUGUAUUCACUUAAUGAAAGAAAACUACUUGAAAUGAGGACAGAAAUAGUGGAAUUGCACGCACAACAAGACCGAGCUCUGACCCAAACAGACAGAAAAAUUGACACAGAAGUUGCAGAUCUGAAAACAAUGCUCGAAACGCACAAGCUUGAUAAUAUUAAAUACUUAGCAGGUUCAGUAUUUACAUGCCUUACUGUAGCACUGGGAUUUUAUCGUUUAUGGAUAUAACAAAACACGAAUUUAAAGGGACUUCUUUGCCUGAGAUUCUGAAAAAAGGAAGUUUUUUGUCUUUACCUGAAUUUUUAACAAAAUCUUGACUGUUUUAUUUAUUAUUUUAUAAAGCAGACUGUGUUGAGAAUGUAACCAAAGACGUGCCUAAAAACAAACUGUGCACAUACCAUGCCAACAUUGAACCUCACCUCUGACGGAAGCGCUUCUGCUGUUUCCCUCCGUUCUGAGCUGCAGGGCACCUGCUGCUGCCUUCGUGUAGGCAAAGACUGGCAUUCCUGACAAUGGAUGGGCCUACAUGCUGCAGAGAAAAUCAAUGGAAUUUUGUUCCAUUGCCUGCUUAGGCAGGUUGGCCAGACUCAGUUGCAUGUGUUGGACUGAAGUAUUUAUUAUUAGUGUAAAACUGAAGCUACGUGUUCUGUGGCUUGGAGGCACUCUUGUAUAAGUGGAGUUUGUGCUAACUGAAUCAUGCUCACUUCCCUCCCUCUAACACUUGUUCUUACAGUUACUAUGAUCAAAUAUUUGUUUGGCUAUUUUUGUAACAUAGCUAUCAGGUUUUUUUCCAGAUGGCUGCCCAAUCAGUUGUGUUCAUGAACGAGUCCUGUGUAAAGAUAGCAGUGUUUUCUGCUGGUUUUGUUUGUAAGGUAUUUCUAGAGAUUUUUGUGACUAACUUGCCUUUGGUAGAUGUAAGUAUCUGAUACUCAUUCCAUAUGCUAAUUGCUUACCUUAUCACUGUAACUGGAAGUUGAAAAUGCAGUAACCUACACUGGUUGUGUUAAUUUGUCCUUAGGUGAUACAAAGUGUCUCAGGUGCUGCCUUCUUGAUGAGAAGGAAUUGAUGCUUCUACAAAGGAAAGAGGUUUUAAAUGGUGGUUAUGAAACAGGCUCUUAGGCAAGAGAACUGCAGUACCAACAGUCUUCUGGGGGGUUUACUGUUUCAUUUCUUAAAAAAUCAUGUUGAUUCUUCAAAUUUGGAACUCUGAUAGUGGUGACAAUAAUUGAAGCAGCAGUGGACACCUGUAAAAAUGUUAAACCCACAUGAAUCAGGAAGUGCCACUGAAAGCAGUGAAGAUGUCCAGUGUAUCCAGGUAUCUGUCAUUCUUGCACUAAGGAGAUGAUUGUUUUAGUAGGAGAGCUGCCAUCUGUGUUCCUUCACUUAAGGGAAAUUUUCCUUUCUGCUUAGGGGAGGAGGGGAGCUUAGUUUUUGCACUGGUGAUAAAUGCUGUUAGAGCACAAUAAUGGCUUUGCUAAAUGAAAGUAAAGCUUUUUGGCUACUUUGUGCCUGUAUUGUAAUAACCAUUUAACAUUUUUGUGGUUGGAAGUGCCAACUUUGAUCAUGUCCAAGUUCGGAGGAAGAGAUGGAUGCCUGUAACAGUACUGUACUGGCCUGAAAUAAAGAAUUUUGAAUAUUUCAUAGAA